AUGGAAGUGGAGAUUUUCGACCGGUUUGCCGGCGUUCUUACUACACUUCGUCAUGAAAAUGGCAACAUUACACCACGAAUAAUAAAGGACGUCUACAGCCUUUUGGAUUACGCACUCGCUAAUCGUCUGUAUAAAUUUGUAGUUGAUAGCACAUGGGGGCCUUUGAGCUCCGUGGUGCAUAAUUAUAUUAUGAUUCGUGCUGAGAAGAACAAGCAAACCAUAGAGCCAAUGGCCUACAAGCUUGCUUUUUCAUUUUUCUUCAAGCAAGGAGCUUACCAAUAUGCUUCCGGGGCGAUGAUGCGUCUAGCAUCUCUUUGUCUUGAGCAGGCAAUUAUUUUAACAAGUGAUACUGACAUAUUCGACGGCGAAAAGGCCAACAGCCAACUCGAGGACGAGAUCCGAAAUUUGCUACUAGAGUCCCAGCGCUCCCUUGCGAUAGCUGCGAAUAUUGUUGGGGUGUUAUCGCAUGCGUCGUACUUCGUAAAAAAGAAUAUCUUGCCCGAUUUUAUAGUGGGAGCCAAAUGGGGAGUGUCCAAGCAGUCCCAGCAUUUCCUAGCUAAGUCGGUUUUACAAGAUGUCCAGACAGCAAAUAUUAACAAGCACGAAGCAGAAGUCAUCCUAGAUAACUUUCACCUGUUUCAACAGGACGAGUUUGAGUGGACCGUUGGGCAGAUUAGACGGGAAUUUGUGAAGGUUAGCGCCAUGACAGACCUGUCGACUCCAAGCAGAAGGGGGUAUAUAUCGUCUGACGGAAUAUCUAUACUAGCAGCUUCCGUUAAUCAGGCGUCGUGCUGCUGCAGGCCCUCACAAGUGCUUCAGCUUUCUGUCACAGAGCUCCUUGACUGCCUGGCUCGGCGAGGCGACAUAGAAGAAGCUCUAUCCAUCUGCAGAGCAUUCAAUAUUGGACCCAAUAUUGUGCUUCAGACAUUGAUCAAUCACAUAAUUUUACUACUAGAUAGUAUGAUGAACAUAAAGGAUGAUGCUCAGUCGUACUUUAUGAACACGUUCUUUCAGAUUAAGCACCUCCUUACAACCACUACUGUCCACACAUAUAAGGUUAAGGGGGUGGAGCAAUGUCUAGAGACCCAGCUCAAACAACAAAGCAUCACCAACAAUGAGAUAAAGGAAAUUCGCGAGCGCUUCAUAUGUGAGCUGGAGACAUGCAGAGCAAUCCUUUACGACAUUUUAGGCUACUUUUCCGACGAAAACGGGUUUCUCUUACCGGAGUUCUGUAACAACUGUGAUCAAGCAUUCUGUGGCUCUAACCUCUUUGCAGAGAUCUUGAUAAGCGCACUUGUUGCUAGCAGAAAGCAUGAGUCCAAGGACGAGACCCGCUUGUCUUCGAGCCCCACUGAGUUGCUUAAGCUGCUGAAUCUAUUACUAGACGGGCUAAUAGAGCGCGCAUCUUAUGAGCACAAGAACCUGUUUGAACUUUAUAUAGAGAGGCUUGGCUUAAUGGACGAGUUUAAAGUCCAGCUGAGCAGGUUAUCUACGAUCCGUCCAACAGAUGAGAAUAGAGUUAUCUUUGCAUAA